AUGGGGAAAUAUUACUGUGAAGCUUACAGAAUCUCAUGGCUUUGUUGGGGUGUUGAGUGUGCAGUUGGGAUAGCUUAUGAAGUAAGAAAACAGUUCCCUAAUGAUAAGAUUUGGAUCACAAAUGAAAUUAUCCAUAAUCCUACUGUUAAUAAGCUACAAUUACCCAUUUAUCAUACCAACCUAGAAAAAAAUGUUUUCUACAGUGAGGUGGUUGAACAUGCAAAUGGCAUGACAUCUUUACAAAUGGGUGAGUUUGGUUCAGAUGUAUCUCAUGGAAUUGAUACUUAUAACAUCAGAGAGGCUAUUGGUGUUUGUGCUCGUAUAUACCCCUUCAAUUUCCCAACAAUGAUUCCCUUGUGGAUGUUUCCAGUUGUUGUUACUUUUGGCAACACUUUCGUUCUAAAGCCAUUAGAAAAAGAUCCAGGGGCUUCUAUAAUGCUUGCAGAACUUGCAAUGAAAUCUGGUUUACCAAAUGGUGCUUUGAAUAUUGUUCAUGGAACUAAUGAAAUAGUGAAUGCCAUUUGUGAUGAUGAAAACAUUAAAGCUAUAUCAUUUGUUGGUUCAAACACUGUCGCGGAGUUUUUCAGGUCGCGGAGUUUCACUUGGUUUGCCAGUGGCUGCCACUGUGAAUUGCAUCGAUGAAACUGGUGCCAAGAACCUGUACAUCUGAGAGAUGUGCACUCCCAAGGGAGAAGGUCAACAUUAUGUUGGUGAAAAAUCUCAAGAUAUUAUGUAGACCGAAGGUUGGACUAACCUUUUUAGGGGCAAUUUCGUCAAUGUCGUUCGUGUUGCUCCCAAUAAAGCCAUUGAGUUUCAUUUUUUUCUUUUUCUAUUUGAUCUUCCUAUGGUUUAGUAAUCAUAAUAAAAAGAAAUAAAAU